AUGACCAACUGCCCAACGCUCAUCGUCAUGGUGGGGCUGCCGGCGAGAGGCAAGACCUACAUCUCGAAGAAGCUGACGCGCUACCUGAACUGGAUCGGGGUGCCUACGAAAGAGUUCAACGUUGGGCAGUACCGUCGAGACCUGGUGAAAAAAUAUAAAUCAUUUGAGUUCUUCCUACCUGACAACGAAGAAGGCUUGAAAAUCAGGAAACAGUGUGCCUUAGCAGCGCUGAGCGACGUCCGGCAGUACCUCAGCGAGGAAAACGGGCACGUGGCUGUCUUUGAUGCCACAAACACAACUCGAGAGCGUCGAGAAACUAUUUACAAAUUUGGGGAGGAAAAUGGAUAUAAGACGUUUUUUGUGGAGUCAGUGUGCGUCGAUCCCGAGGUCAUAGCUGCAAACAUUGUGCAAGUAAAACUGGGAAGUCCAGACUAUGUUGACUGUAGUAACGAUGAAGCAACGGAAGAUUUCAUGAAGCGCAUAGAGUGCUACAAGAACUCGUACGAGACUCUCGAUGAGACUCUUGACAAGGAUCUUUCGUACAUCAAAAUUAUGGACGUGGGGAGGAGCUACCUGGUGAACAGAGUGAUGGAUCACAUCCAGAGCCGGAUUGUCUACUACCUCAUGAACAUCCACGUGACGCCCCGCUCCAUCUACCUCUGCCGUCAUGGGGAGAGCGAGCUCAACCUCAAAGGGAGGAUCGGAGGAGACCCUGGGCUGUCCGUCAGGGGCAAAGAAUUCGCCAAGAGCUUGGCGCACUUCAUCAACGAGCAGAACAUCAAGGACCUCAAGGUUUGGACCAGCCAAAUGAAGAGGACCAUUCAGACGGCCGAGGCCUUGGGAGUGCCUUACGAGCAGUGGAAGGUUUUGAACGAGAUCGAUGCCGGAGUGUGUGAAGAAAUGACAUAUGAAGAAAUACAGGAAAACUAUCCGCUCGAGUUUGCACUGAGAGACCAAGACAAGUAUAGAUACAGAUACCCUAAGGGAGAGUCCUAUGAAGACCUCGUGCAGCGCCUGGAGCCCGUUAUCAUGGAGCUGGAGAGGCAGGAGAACGUGCUUGUCAUAUGUCACCAAGCCGUCAUGCGCUGCUUGCUGGCCUAUUUUCUCGACAAGCCUGCAGAACAACUACCUUACCUCAAGUGCCCGCUGCAUACUGUCUUAAAGCUAACCCCAGUGGCGUAUGGAUGUAAAGUGGAAUCAAUAUUCCUGAAUGUGGAAGCUGUGAACACGCAUAGAGACAAACCAGAGAAUGUAGACAUUUCCCGGCCUCCCGAGGAUGCUCUUGUAACAGUCCCUGCUCACCAGUGAUCCUGGGUCCUGCUCAGCUCUCGAACUGGGGCUGCUGUUUUCAUCCUACUGCUUCAAAUUGAAAAAACAAAUCAUUCCAAUCAC